AUGAGUUGUGAUAAAUUUUCUGUCCAACAUUGUAGGUUUCUUGCCACUGUGAUUGCAGAGAAAGAACCAACAACAUUCUCAAAGGCAAUUAAAGAUGGUAGAUGGCGCUCUACUAUGCAACAUGAAAUACAAACUCUUGAAGACAAUCACACAUGGACCGUGUGUCCUCUUCCAACAAAUAAAAAGGCCUUGGGAUGUAAAUGGGUCUACAAGAUCAAGUACCAUUCUGAUGGCACUAUAGAACAGUUUAAAGCUCGCCCAGUCAUUCUUGGAAACCAUCAAGUGGAAGGAAUUGAUUACAUCGAAACAUUUGCUCCCGUGGCCAAAUUGGUCAUUGUUCAGAUUGUUUUAGCUGUUGUUGCAGCAAAGGGGUGGGAUCUUCAUCAAAUGGACGUGCAUAAUGCAUUUCUUCAUGGUGAGUUGCAAUAG